GGGGGCAGUUCUGCUUUGUGAAUCAUUCAACAGAGGGUGAAGUCCUAAAGUUUGUAGUUUACAUUGUAAAGCAGGGACCGAGGCAACUGCAGUGCUGAAAUUCAUCCCUUCUCACAUAGCCUUUGUUACAAGGACAUUUAUUAUUCUCCGGAGGAAAGAGAAGAUGGCUAUGAAAGGCUGCCUGAGCGUGACAAAAUAUUUCCUGUUUGUCUUCAACCUUUUUUUCUUUAUCCUGGGAGGCGUGCUGCUAUGUUUUGGCCUCUGGAUCCUGUUUGACAGGAGCAGUUUUGCCUCUAUGAUAGGGUCUUCUACACCCACCUUGAAGAUUUGGUCCUAUGUGUUGUCAGGAGUCGGAAUCCUUACAAUGCUGCUGGGGUUUCUGGGCUGCCUUGGCUCAUUAAAAGAGAUCAAGUGUCUCCUUGGAUUUUAUUUUGCAUUCCUUCUUUUGCUCUUUGCCGGUCAGAUUACUGUGGGUGUGCUGGCAUACACACAGCGGUCAUCCUUGAAUCUUGCAGUCGGAAAAUACGUGGAAAAUAUUAUCAAGAACUAUGGGAUUUUCACAAAUCAAACAGAACUUCAGGAAGGUUUGGAUUUUGCACAGGAGCAGAUGAGCUGCUGUGGUUGGUUUGCUCCCGAAGACUGGAUGAAAAAUCUGAAAAUCCAUGAAAACUCAUCAGUCAACUUGUAUCCUUGCUCCUGUAGAAAUACUUCUUACUUCCUUCCUUACCCAAACAUCAAUGGCACUGCUAAUGAUACUGACAUUUCUGAGGCCCUACCUGAGCACAGGAGCGGAUUCUGCACAGCCCCUGCAAGGGACAAUUGGCCUGUAUAUAAGACAGGCUGUAUGAACAGUAUUCAGACGUUUAUAAUAAAUAACCUCAUCUGUAUUAUUGGAGUAUGCAUAGGCAUUGCCUUACUGGAGCUCUUUGUCAUGACGUUGUCGAUGUGUCUGUGUAGAAAUCUCGACCAGAACUACAACAAGCUUGCACGCUAUUCCUAGAAGACUGUUCAGCUGCUUGGCACAGCCCAAGAAAUAGGAGGAUGGAAACCCUGCGCAUCCAACCACAGCCAAGAAACUGCAUGUUCCCUUUCAGCUUGUUAACAGCUCACCCCCUCCUCCCCUGAUAGCAUCCGCGACUCCCAUUGAUCUUUACCAUGGAUGACCUACUAGCAAAAAGUUUGACACUUCUGGACUUCAUUCAAAACCCCACAUCUUCUCUGUGUGGACAGCAGGCUCUGCUCACCAUUGAGUCACCAACUCUCUAAACUUAGACUCCUUUUUAUAUUUGGGAUAUUUAAUGAAAUCCUUACCACUUGCAGUAUUUUAGCCCCGGGGAUGAACUGCCAUACCAUACUCUGAGCAAUUUAUACUUCUCAUGGGGCUUUUACUAUUGUCAGGUCUGUAAGACAAUUGUGACAUCUAGAGGUCAUUGCGUGUAUAACAAAGACUUUUUAAUUUUCAUUUUAUUUUUUACUUUCAAAGUUACAAGGAUCAUAAAUACAUAAUCCAAAAAAAAAAAAAAAAUGAGAAGAAGUUACUCUAUGGAGUGGAUUACUAUUGUAAAUAGAUUUACAUGUGAUACCUAUUUACAUUAUUAUAUGUGUGUUGUUCUGUGACUGGCCUAGUGGCUGUGAUUGUUUGUUCUUUUUGCCUGUUUUAUACAAAUAUUCUUCAUAAUCCGAAUGUAGAAUCUGCAUUUUAGAAUUCAUACUGAAUUCCCAAGUUCUAAAGAAAAGUAAUAUGAUUAUUUGAGUCACUUUGUUUUAUACAUUCCGAUAUGAGCCAUUUAAUUGCCUACCCAGACAACCUAACAAGUAUGACAGGUGUACACAAAUAUUAAAGUGCAUUAACCCACUGUGGUUUUUCUGCAGUUUUUUUUUUGCCAAGGUUUUUGCAAAAAAGGCAAUUAAUCAGGUGUGAAUGCAACCUAAGGGGAUGACCUAAUAUAUCGAUAUGAACGACACUUUGUGCUUUAGCAAUGUGAACUGUAUUUUCAGAUGACUUCCAUUGGUAAUAGUCAAAAUAAUUAUAACAAUACAUGAGGAAAUUAGUCCAAUAAUAAUAAUAAUAAUAAUAAUAAUAAUUUAUCCAAAGUGCCUCCAACCUGGAAAUACACAUUUUAGUUUUAGUUGUCAGAUAUGGACAAAUUUGAAAUAUUCACAAUCAAAUCUUGUGUACUGCAUGUGAAUAAAAAUGCAACUACUCAUUCA